AUGACGGAAAACGGUGAAACGACAGCUAUGUCGGAAACUUGCAAAGCCCAAGAAACUGCAAUGAAUACGGUAAAAGCGGAUUGCAAGACUCAGGGACUGCUUGCCACGAAGACAACUUGGGAAGCAGCUGUGAAAACAAACAACUGCGAUUUGACAUGGCCCUGUGGAACUGAGUUCUGCGACCAUCUCAAAGAAAACACCAAAAAAGAAAAGUUUUGCGACAACUGGGAGAAAAACAGCAAAGACUGGAUCAAGAAAAACACCGACAACGAGUGCAAGAUCGAGUUGCCCUGCAGCGCCGCCAAUGCUCAGUUCCCGUCGAUGAUCCUCUUCAUCCUCGCCUUUUUCUUUUUCAUCAAAAAGUAA